CCUACCUACCUACCUACCUACCUACCUACCUACCUACCUACACAGCCUACCCGCCAGGUCCAAAGGUCCUUUAUCAUUCAAGCCAUCAUGGAACCCCAUCAUCAUCAUCAUCAUCAUCAUCAUCAUCAACGUCGACGUCUCAGUCCUCCACGUACAAUUGGCACACCACCAUCCUUUCCACGCCAACCCAACGCCGGCCGUUCCACUGUUAUAAACACUCUUAUCGAGGCGGACAGUCAAGAUACCCGCAUCGGCCACCAGGGCCAGCAACAGCCGAAGAUGGAUACCGGGCACGAUGAUACUGUCGGUGAAGCACGAGAGGCCCAACUGUAUUUCCUCCUGGGGUUCGUUACCCGGGGUGGAGAUGGGGAUGGGGGUGUGCCUAUUGGGCUGGGUUAGGGGAAGGGAACGACAUGCAGGGGUUGCGAGAAGUAAUGGAAGUAGAAUGAAUGGGUGGCAAGAUAUCAAGGAGGGGAGGAACGAGCAGUUGCCCAGUUCGGAAGGAGCGAGUGCGUGCCCUCUUCCCUUAGGUCCCUUUCUCCUCCGUCAUCCCUUGGCUUCGCCUCUCUUUCAUCUCCUUCUCAUCUUCCACCCGUACAAUGGGUCAUUCCAUGCCUGGUUGAACAACACGAAGGGGCUUCCAAUUUUGAGAGACGCGGCAGCGAGGUGUGACGAAAUCCACCAAACGGCUCACAUACUUCCUGAUAGCCGGCACCUAUCACUUGUUCAAUACACAAUCCACACUGUUGGCUGGGCAUGCAUCAUGUACAAUUCCAUCUCCUCAUCCUCCUCCUCCUCCAGCGGCCCGAGAGAGUUCAUGGAUCGGUGCGGGAAUAUAACUGUAUCCCAUGGAUGGAAGCAGAGAAAAACAACGUACAGAAAAGAAUUACGCCGUCAUGCCAUGUACGUUUUCAACGCCCUCCCCUCUCACACAUGCUACGUUGUGAGCUUUUCCCGCAGCCAACGCAAAGACACAAACCUCCCCCCCGGACCAGACAUGCUCGUGAUGAAGUGAAGUGAAGCGAAAAUACGAGCCGUAUAUGCUACUCGAAAACUGGUAUCCGUCGGAGGUGUUCAAUGCACGGCGCUCUCGGGCUUGCGGCCGCAGACAAAGUAGAACUUGACAUAGACGCGCA